AUGGACAGAAUUCUCCACUUGCUUGGAGGGAAUGAAACUCGGUCUCGCCUUCUCGGUAGUGAACCACCCCGCGAGAAGAAAGCGUCAAAUAGUCCUUCGGAUUCUUCUCUGCAAACGGAACGAUGCGGUAGCUGUAGGGAGCCGUCCUGCGAAGGCAAAAAAACAACGCACACAGCUGAAACUGUCGCCCAUCCAUCUCCACACCACUCGAGUCGGCAAGUCCGCCGCUGCGUCUGGGCCUCCAGGGCGCCGACUCGAGGUAUUUGCCGCCGCGAGGUCGCGGGUCUGUGGAGAAGAAGGCACUCAAAAUCACACAGGACAGAAAGCGGAGAGGUGCAAGUUGCGUCCUCGGUUUCGAAGGGAAGGAAGUCGCGAAGCACAAAAAGGAAGGCUCUAAGCGGCGUCUCCGUCUACUGCGCUCUGAGCCACUGGGGACGAACGAACGACGCCAGAGAACGUCGGAGGUCUCCACCCCUCUCGUCGGCAAGCUCGUGUGGAUGGAAAACCACGGCAACGACACAAGGAACCUCCGCAGCGAAGGCAAAACGGAAGCCAGACUCGAAGCAGACGAAGACCGAGUCUGCUUCACGUUCAGCGGCAAGACAUUCGUGUGUGGAACGACCAGCUGGCGUCGGCUUCCCUCCCGCGGUUCUCCUGACGCUGACGCGUCGGCCAGGAGGCCUGCGGAGACAGUCGGGCAGAAGAGAGGGAACGCGCGGCAGGCGUCGCCUUCGCGGACCUGAGAUCUUUCCUCUGCUCUUUCGAGUUGGCGCAAGCGAUGUUCUUCUCGCAGGAGCGCCCCGGAGGGAGAAACCGUAUCGCCUCCCAACUGACUCUUGCGCGGCUGGAGGCCGACGGAGGGCAACGAGUCCGCAGGCGAAGAAGAACAAGGAGACCCUGGGGUGCCUAGGGUGUCGGACUGCCUGCACGGGGCCUGCCAGAACGCAGGAGACAAAAAGAGCAAAAAAAGAGAGAAAGAGAGAGAAACGAGAAAGCAUUUUCGGUGUUUCUAGCGGUGGCACACGUCACAGGAGUGAGCUCCUUCGGAGCACAGACAGCAAGGGGGAAAAAGGCUUCGCUCUUUUUGCCCUGAAGAUCUUUUUCCACUUCUCUCUCUCGCUGUUUCAGUGUCCAUAAUUGUGCGUCUUUUUCCUCAUGCGAGACAUGCGGCGCGAAGUACGCGUCUGGCCCAAUCUCCCCGUGUAGGCGCAUGGCUCGUUUGCGUUCCCUCUCUCGCCAAACCGGAAAUGUGACCGAGGGCGUUUCUGUCUCAUUUCAAACGCCCUUUUGGAAAUGUGAAUUCUCGCGUCUCUGUCAUGCCGGAAGGUCCCUCAAGGACGCCUCUUUUCUUCUGUCGCCGUGCACUCUGCGAGGGAACUUUCUCUCCACCCUCCGCCCUCAUAAAGUGCAUUGUUUCUUCACUGGCUUUUCCGUCUUUGAAACCGAGGAGGCGCUACGCCCCUCGCGAGGUCUUCGGCCUGUUUGAUCUGCGUCCAUCUGCGGAACUGAAUCGCGUCACCCACCAAGCGUCGAAAGUGAAAAUGUUCGACGACUCGAUUGCCUUUCCCCAGAAAGCAAGUGUCUGCACAGAGACGGUUUUAGAUCCCAGGCGCGGUGUGAGACUUUCUUCCUAAAAUGCUUGCUUCCAGAUUCUUUCUCGCUUGUGUUCCUGCCGUCGCUAUGGAAGAACGACGGGGAAAAGCCGUUUCUGAAAAGAUUUGACUUCUCGGUUUCUCUCUUUUUCCUCUACCUGGUGACAAGCGAAGCCGAGCCCAACGCAGAGCCGCGACUGAAGCUCUGCUCCUCGCCGCUGCGCCUCGUGUCUGUCUGGAGCGCUUCUCUCGUCUCUUUUCUGGGGAGAAGACGCCGUUCUGGUGAAUUCAUUUUCCAUGGUGGAAGGGCAGGGAGGCAAAGCGAGAGAAAAAAAGAAGAAAGACAGGAAAGAAAGAGAGAAGACGGAAGGAGCGGACAGAAGGAAGAAAAAGGAGGGCAGAUAGAAAACAGAAGCGAAAGAGGGAGACGUUUUGGAGAGCAAGAAAAAGAGAGAAUCGGAGAGGAGAAAAUGAGAGGAGAGAAGAAACGGAAGAGAAGAAAACCGAGGAAGCGCAGAGAGAGGAAAGCAGAGGAAGAAGAAACAGAGAAGAAUUGAACAGAGAAGAGAUAUCAACAAGCGAGAGACGUCGUCAACUCCACACACACUCUCGUGACUCGCGAAGAAGCCCUCGGAGAAAGUGCGUUUUUGAGGGAAAGCUUUGACGCCAAAGGCGAUUGAGAAAUGUUCAGAAAGCGGAAUUAAUUUGGAGAAAAAAGGCCAGCUCCGCGAAGAAGGCACACUGUGUAUCUUCGAUUGAAAGCGAACUUUGAAACUUUCUCGUGUAUCUUCGAUUGAAGGCGAACUCUGAAACUUCCUCGGGACCUCUGUUUCUUUCUGCAGUCAAACCUACAUUUUUUGCCUAAGCGGUGCGACUACGGAUCCACGCUAGCUCGUCGUCUGUCUCGGAGUUCUAAAGCGGUAGAAAAUACCCUGGAAAAAUACUGGAACAGACGCGUUUGAGUGCAAUCACAGAGCGUAUGAGUCUGUAGACGCAGCUCUAUCGAUCGAAACGUAGAGAGACUUGAUCAGACACACACGACCAAGAGAAAUGCCGAGGUCGAGGUGACCGGGACCGAGGCAGUCCAGCAGAGGAAGCCGGGAAGAGUGCGUUCUCGUCUUUGGAAAGUGUGCAUGUGCGUAAGAACUGAGUUCCGACUCUGUGCAUGCAUAUCUCUUUUUGCAAAAUCUGCGAUUCACAGGAAGUGCCUUUUGGGGUUCGAGCAAGUGCGCCCGCUCCGGCGGGGGGGGGGGUGUGGAAGCCACGCGUUCGUUUCUGUCGAGACAGCCGCGGCGAAAGCAAGGAAGAAAAGAGAGAGCAGAGAAGCAGAGUCCGUCUGGAAAAUGCGAAAAAGAGGAACUAAGGACUCACACUGGCGAGGAGAAACGAAGGCCUCCUUCAGUCUGAGGUCGACAGAGAACAAGGCCGCGAGAGCGAGGAAAGAGAAGGUUGGAAAUCAGCAAAGACGAAACGAAGGAAAAAGAGGCGGUUAAAAAGCAACUCCGUCCUGUUCCACGAAGUGUCUGGAAGCGGUUGGACGCGAGGAAAGUAUCUUGGGAGGCAGGGCAGUUCCGAGUGGUCGAAUAAACCACAGGCUGCCGUUUCGUCUUUGUUUGAAAAAGAAGACUCGUGACAUCGCGCGGAGAUGAACGUUUGAGUACUUUGACGAGCGUCGAGAGUGCAUUUCUCCCCCUUUCUCCGGCGCGAACGAGGAGACUCCCUUACCCCGGCAGAACGCCGCUCCGUGACACGGCACAGAAAUCCGG